AUGGAUGCUGAGAAGCUGGCCCCGCUGCUCACGGCCGCCACCCGCGCUGUCAUCGCUGUGUCGCUGUUCGGCUUGAUACCCGACGUGAAGAGAAUACGCGCCGUGCUGGACGCAGCGGAGGAAAAGUUCGGCACCAGGAUUUCCCUCAUCGAGGAUGCGGCGCAGAGCUUUGGCGCGAGGAGGGGGGGCUAUCGCAGCUGCGCGGCCCCGGAGGUUACGAUGGCGACCACCUCCUUUUUUCCAACCAAGCCGCUCAGCUGCUACGGGGAUGGGGGAGCCGUUUUUACCAGGAGUAAAGAGCUCGCAGCGAUGGUCAGGGCCCUGAGGGUGCACGGGAAGGUCGAGGGGAGACACGUUCUCGUAGGCGUCAACGGGCGGUUGGAUACGAUUCAGGCGGCUGUGUUGCUGACCAAGUUGAAAGCGUUUGAUGAGAUGAUAGACAAGAGGGGAAAGGCCGCAGAGACGUACAACCGGUUACUAUACGACGAUGAGCGGGUGGUGACGCCGACGUAUCAAAGGGUCGUGCGCGAGGACCGGGAGGUGCGGAGCGUGUACGGGGUGUACACAAUACGUGUGCAGAAGCGUGACGAGGUGGCGAAGAGGAUGCGGAUGUCGGACGUGGCGUGCGCCAUCUACUACCCGUUGUGCUGCCACCAGCAACCGGUGUUCAAGGGACUGGUGUCGGAGCCCGGCGCACUGAUUGUGGCCGAGGAGGCGAGCAGGGAGGUGCUGUCGCUCCCCAUGCAUCCAUACUUGUCGGAGGACGUGCAGGUGCGUGUCGUCAAGGAGCUGCGCACGGCGCUGGACGACCUCGGCGUGACCGCUUCGCCAGAGUAGUGGGGACUUUGGGGCGCGUAGAGAAGAGAAAACGAAGAAGUCAGGGCUUGGCGCUUGUGGUUGCUGGCAACCUAGCCGGUGCCAGCACCAGCUACCGGCACUCGAGGCCCCUGUAUCUGUAGUACAGAUAAAAUCAACGCUGUACUGUACAGAAUCUGUACAUCAUAUCAUCAUAAACGUCAACAUAUUGCUUAUGUUGAUCUCCUCAACAUCUCCCCUGCAAACGACCA